UUUGAUUCUUACAAUAAUAAUUGAUAAAUUAUUAUAAAAAAAAAUUAACGAAAAGUAAAACUUAAAUUAUUUCAUUAAAUUUAUUAAAUUAAUUUAUUUUAAUAUCUGAAAACCGAGGAACGUUCUUUAUAAAAUUAGUGUUUGUAAUCUGUCACGUCAUCUACAAGUAAUAAAAGGUUUCAGAUUUUGUUUAUAAUUUACAUCUAUUAUUUACAAAUAUUAAAAGAAAUAUGUUUAAAAUAUCAUUUACAUCUUAAGAUAAUAUAUUAUAAAAGAUUUGAAUUAUUUUGAUAUAAAAUGUCCUCGCAUAUUAUGAGUGCAGAUUGUAGCAAAAAUAAAUAUAGUAUAAUUGCUAAACAAUAUUGUGUAAUUGAUACAAAAGAUACUAUUGACGAUAAAAGUUCAUACAUACAAAGUUCAUCUGAAAAGUUAAUUAGCAGUGAAUUGCAAAUAGAUUUACAAUCAGUUAAUAAAUCAAAAUAUGAGUCAGAUACUAUACAAUUUUUAAUAGAUACUAAAAAGGAGAAAACUAAAGAAGUUAUUGGUCAUCAAUUGAGAUUUAGUGCUCACAAUGAAAAUAGUAAUAAAGACAUUAAUAUUGCUGCAUCAAUUCAACCAGAAUAUGAUGCAAGUAUAGAUGAAAAGUUACCAGAAACAGUGAAAUUACUUACUACACCAGAAGGAGGAAAACUAUAUUUAGUAGGUACAGCACACUUUAGUAUUGAAAGUCAAAAUGAUGUUGCAACGAUCAUUCAGGCUGUACAGCCUCAUAUAGUCGUAGUUGAAUUAUGUAAAGCUAGAAUUGGUGCUAUAAACAUUAAUGAGGAAACUUUAUAUCGUGAUGCAACGGAUUUAAGUCUUAAAAAUUUAACUGAAAUAUUGCGGCAUCAUGGAGCUUAUAAUGGAUUGUUGCAUAUUAUGUUAUAUUCUAUAUUGGCUCAUAUUGUUAAGCAACUUGGAAUGGCACCAGGUGGUGAAUUCCGUACAGCAUUUAAAGAGGCAAAAAAAGUACCAAAUUGCAUUAUUCAAUUGGCAGAUCGUUCAAUUGACGUAACAAUUCAACGUGCAUUAAGAGAAGUAUCUUGGUGGGAAAUUAUAAAGCUUACAUGGUUUGUGUUACGGUUAGAUUCUCGUAUCAGUAAGCAAGAUAUAGAGCGAUAUAAACGAAAAUGUGUACUAGAACAAAUGAUUUCAACAUUAAGAGAAGAAUAUCCAGCAAUAGAAAAAACGUUUGUCACAGAAAGAGACAUAUAUCUUACAUACCAUCUCCAAAUGGCUACUGCAACACAAUAUACUUCAGCAGGAUUAAUAUCACCAAGAGUUGUAGGAGUUGUUGGUAUAGGACAUAUCAAUGGCAUUGUUGAAAAUUGGGGAAAAGUAAAAGCCUCUGAUAUAUGGCCUAUUAUACGAGUUCCUCCUCAAUCUUUAUCAACUAAAAUAUUGAAAUUUACAAUUAAGGCUUCCUUAUUAGGAGCUACAAUUUAUGUGGGAUAUAAAGUUAUACCAUUACCUUCUAUUAAUGUAUUGCAAUCAAUUAGAUCGUCGAUUGAAGGAUUAUUAAAGGGCAGUGCGAAAUAAUAGAGUAGUUGGAUCUUUAUGCUUAGAAUUCUUUAAUAAUAUAACUGAUAUAAUGAUAUAACUCAUAGUUUCUAUUAAGAAAAAAGAAACGAAAACAAAACAAUUGUUUGCUUUAUUUUAAGCUGCUUAUUUUUAAAAAAUUCUGUAAAAC